GUUACUUGUUGCAUAACGCCGUCCCCUGAGAUUGGCACGACGCAUUAUUGAGCGAGCAGAGGCAGAGCACAAAAGUCAACAAUGAGGUUGCUAUUGCUGCUACUAUCAGUGUUAUACUCCAGCAUCGGUCUUCCGAUCGACACAACGCCGACCUACGAUUCAUCUGAAAUAUCAUCCAUACAACGGCAAGUGAACCUGAUCUCAUACAUCCAAAACUUCAAGCAAGUCAUGGCGGAUUACGUCAAAUCUCAAUACAGCAAUUUAACGAUUAACGAAAUCGAAAAAGUGAAGGCAACUCUAGAAGAUUUCUUAAAGAAUUUCGCCAAAGAUCUAAAAGAAACAAUGGAAGGUGUAAACAAUGAAGAGCCCAUAGACAAGACAAACGACGAACAGUUCGCGGAAAUAAAGCGGAACAUGAUCAGAGAGUUCCCGGAUGUGACGCCAGAGGUCGCUGACAGAAUCGUCCAUAAACUAAAGAAGAAUUUGUAUACUACCCGCAGUAAAUUGGAUGAAAUUAUUAAAGAAUCGGCGCAAGCUCAGGUGGAGAAUUCGAAAUAAAACCUGCUGGUGAUUUAAUUUUAAAAAUAGGAAUAAGCACAGUAGAUACUCUACUACGUAGAAGCAUAUCCAACUCAACAUGAACCAGCCGACAAUACCGUCUACAGCAUCAAGCACUGCAUCAAAAUGACCCCCGAAAACGAGGACAAAGUGAACAACAUCGUCGUAAAAAUCAGCGACUUUCUGUACAAUCUGACAGUCGAGUACGAUGACAUUGACAUACGCCUGCUAAAGAUCAUAAUCGAAGGCCAUUCAGACAACGAAACUGAGGAGAAAGACACUCAAGUCAAACUGUUGGUUAACGACUGCGACCACGUCCAAGAAUUCGCCGAUGCUGAAGCGUUAGAAGAAAUGAUUAACCAGCAAACCGACGAAGAAGAUAUUUACGAGAUAACUGGAUCGGUGGAAGUAGAUGAUCAGCCAGAUAGUCCAAUUGAUGAUUCUAACGAAUUGCAAUUCGAUGACGACAUCUUCAAUUUCACGCAGCUAAAUGAUGCUUCUAAUAAUGCUACCAAUGAUGAUGACGUCAACAAUGAUGUCACAUCUAAUGUAGAUACAGCACAGAAUGCUACAGCAUUGACUGACAAUUCUGCAGUAGACGUUGAAGGAAUUCCACCAACGUCUGAAGCAAAUUAUGAUGUAAAAGGUCCAGUUUUAGUUCGAUUGGAUUUAGACAAGAAGGGAGACAAAUUGGUCAAAGGAACUCAAGCGAAGAGAGGAGAGCAUGUUCCCCUCUUGCUCUAUAUCCGAAAAGUUUUGGGCAACACAGAAUACUUGUUCGGUAAUUGAUGUAAUUAAGAGAUGGUCCAAAAAAACAGAAUCGAUUGGAACUAAUUACUAAUUUAUUACUAAUAUUGCAAAAAAUAGUAAAAAUCACAGUAACUCAUGAUUUUUUCAUACAACCUUUGUUAGUCUAUACCUACCCCAUUGAUUUCGACAUAAAGCUUUCGGUGGGGAAUAAAAUGUGUUUUAUAUUGAAACUACUGACCCAUUUAGUUCAAAUCGGUUCUGGGCUUUUGUUUCUGUGGACCUUCUCCUUUUAAAGUAAUAACCCAAUUUUAUCCUAGAAUGUCUUAAAGUACUUGUUAUUUAGCUUCUUGUAUAGGUCUGAUUUAUCGGAACUGCCUAGGCGUUUUGUAUGCAAUAAAAACAUUCAUUGUGUAUUA